AUGCACGAAUAUGCUCAAGAUGCCAUGUCGUAUGUUCGUCAUUAUGGUACAGCAGAUUUGUUCAUCACAUUUACAUGCAAUCCGCACUGGAUAGAAAUCAAGCAGGAGUUAUUCCCUGGGCAAUCACCCAUUGAUCGUCAUGACAUUACAGCCAGAGUCUUUAGACAAAAGUUGAAAUCUUUAAUGGAUUUCAUCGUGAAACAUUAUGUGUUUGGUGAGACACGCUGCUGGAUGUAUUCUGUGGAGUGGCAGAAACGAGGGUUGCCACAUGCACACAUUUUGAUUUGGUUGGUUGAAAAGAUAAGGCCAAAUGAAGUUGAUGCAGUGAUAUCAGCUGAAAUACUUAAUGUACAAGUAGAUCCUGAAUUGCACGAGGUUGUUAUCAAAAACAUGAUACAUGGUCCAUGUGGAACUCUUAAUCAAAAUUCACCGUGUAUGAUGGAUGGUAAAUGUUCAAAACGAUAUCCACGGACGUUAAUAUCAGAAACAAUUACUGGCAAUGAUGGUUAUCCACUGUAUCGUCGUCGAUCAAGAGUAGACAAUGGAAGAACAACAAUUGUCAAAUUAAAUCAACAAGAUAUUGAAAUAGAUAAUCGUUGGAUUGUUCCAUAUUCACCAAUUUUAUCAAAGACGUUCAAAGCACACAUAAAUGUUGAAUCUUCCAUUCAGUGA